AUGGCUCAGCUUGCUCGUAGCGUCGUGUCAUUGACCAAGCGCAUCGUGACCCCUCAGGCGGUCGUCCGCCGUACUUUCGCUUCUGAGGCCAACCCCGAAGACUACGGUUAUUACCCAGAUCCCCUCGAGCACGCCACCGGACGUGAAAAGAAGAUGCUUUUGGCCCGUCUCGCCGGAGACGACGUUUGUUUUUUUUUUUCAGCAUCUUAAUAUUAUUUUUGGUUUCGUAGAAGGCUAGGAUAGUUUUUUGGAUUCUAGGAUGUCCCAUUUUUCUUUCUUUUUUCAGCGUUACGAGCCCAAGGUUUACUACCGCGCCGAAGCUUCGACCAAGGAAAAGCCAAAUCUUGUCCCAUCGCACUUUGACGACAGAAUCAUCGGAUGCAUGUGUAUGUUUUACAGAUAUUUAUUCUGUAGUUUUUUAAUUUUUCCAAUAGUUUCCUACAGCCUUUCCGACUUCAACCAAACAAAAAGUAUUUUUGGUUAAAAAAGGGGACUGUACACAAGUUUGAUCAUGAUCAAUCAUUUUAUUUGAAAGGAAAUGUUUUCUUACGUUCACGUAGAAAAACACUUCAUAAAUUGGGAAAAAAAUAUAACCAAAAUUUAUCAGAUCAGCGAAGUUCUCCGAGAAAAAAACGCGAGUUUUAUUUUUUUAUUUUUUUAGUGAACGGUUUAAGAGUUAGAUGAAGCUUUGUAGAGUUUUCUGAGAUACCUUGUUCAAAAAAAAUAACAUUUCAUAUAUGCCAGAAAUCUUAUUCAUAUAAAUGUGGCUAAGGUUUAAUCUUUGAAGGGCGUUGAGAUUUGCCGAAUACGAGUUUUUCGAUAAAGUUUUGAACUUUUGCGGGUUUUUUUUUUGUGUCCAUCGUUUAUCUGGUGAACUCUAUACAAAGGCAACGUCCAAACGAUCUCAAAAAGACCAUAGAAAGAAGAGCCUAAAGCUCCUUUUCGAGUUCCAAAAAAUGUGUCAAAAAUUUCUUGGAAUCCCCUUUUAUCCAUCUUUUUCCGCCUUCUUUUUUACACCUCCUUUAGAGGGUCCUUUUCAGGAAAAGUUCUAGGAAAAAAAUGCGCCUUUUUUGGUCUUUUUUCCAAAAAAGAAAAAUAAUAAUUAAAUCUUUGGUUUUUUCUUUCUUGGCGCGUUUAGAGAUGAAAACGUUCAAAGUUGAUAUAUUUUUGAUUUUUUCCACAAGGAUAAAUUACAUUAGAAUCGAGAGAAAAGCCAAAUAUCUAAGACAAAUUGAUUAGAUUUUCACACAGAGUAUAGUCUAUCUUAAUAUCUAACCUAUCUCCGAAAACUUCGGAAUACCGUGUUCAAACUUGUUCCGCGAAACUUCAAAAAGACUCUUCUUCCUACGCCUUUGUACCGCUUGAGCGGCGUCGGCGCCCCAAGUCGAUUAGCCGAGGUCCUAUUCUGAUAUCAGUUAUAAUCAGUGGACUGGCUCGAGUGACAUAUCCGUCCUUGUGUGUGACGAUUUUUGAAGUCGUGGUUUCCCACUACCAACAUUUCUUAAACUCCGUGGUUGGGUCGAGGCGGGGAUCGAACUUGUGACCCUGUGGACCGUCAACAGGCACACAACCUGUUGCGCUACGACGCGCCCAAACUUCAAAAAGACUUCAGAGAUUAAAAAAGAUAACUGAAUUUUGGAGAGUCAGUGAUAGUUUUGAAAAGUUCGGGCAUGACACAACUACUCUUAACUGGAGCGCCUAAAAGCGCGCCUGAAUUUUUCUCUGCCGCAUGCUAUUUCUUCACUCCCUGACUGCGAAAAAAUGACGAAAUUGCAUCCGGCAGAGAAACAUUCAAACGCUCCAGUACAGAGUACUGGUUUUUAUGCAAGCUGGUUGAUAUUGAUUGAUUUUUCAGGCGAGCAAGACCAGGGCCACGUGAACUUUAUGACGAUUCGCAAGGGAACGCCGAAGCGUUGCGAGUGCGGUCAUUGGUUCAAGGCUGUCGACGCCGAUCCGGAAUCUGUCUAA